GAUUUGGUAUAGACCUAGCACUGUGCAGUUGAUUCUGUCUCUAUGCAAGCAUCUCCUUCUCUGUGCUGCAUGCUAGAGGAGCUGAGCUUUGUCUUGGUCUUUGAUGAGAGAAGAAGCCCCCCUUUUUUUUUUCUCCUCCAUGCAGCAAGCAGAAGAGGUGACCCUCUCCAUCCCUGUGUGUCUGCAGAAUACAGAAGCCCAGAGCCUGCCAGGAUCUCCGCAGAGCCCUGAGAUCUGAUUUUUUUUUGGGGGGGGGAUCUUGUUCCUUGAUUACUGGGAUCCUUACGAGCAGCUCCACAGAACACACACAAAGGAUGCUCUGAGCAGUCGUGAAUUGCCCUCUGUUCCCAGAGCAGGAAGGAUUAAAGAAUGAAUGAAAGGCACAGCUCAGUGCAGAGAAUGAGGCAGACCCUAUUUCCACAAUGAGGUUUCCUUCUGUGCGGUGCACCUCCAGGUCCUGGCCGGUGAGGGGCCUUGACCCCCAGUCCCUGUGACCUGCCUCCCCCUAUCUAGGCAGAGCCUGGAAUCCCCGGCCUGCUGCAAUGGGUGGGUUCUGAACGCUGGUAAUGAGGAGCACUGGGGUCAGCCUACCCUGGAGAUGCUGAAGAGAAGGGACAUUCUGGCUAUUGUACUGAUCGUUCUUCCCUGGACUUUGCUCAUCACAGUAUGGCACCACAGUACUCUGUCCCCGUUGCUCACUGCACACAAGGAGGACGGGACUGAUGGCCGGAGGGAUGCCAAUCCAGGCUCAGAUUCCAGGGAAUACUGUUCUUCGGAAAGGGAUAUAGUAGAAGUUGUCAGGACUGAGUAUGUAUAUACACGGCCCCCACCUUGGAUGGGUAACCUCCCAACCAUCCACGUCAUCACCCCCACCUACAGCAGACCGGUGCAGAAGGCCGAACUGACCCGCCUGGCCAACACGUUACUGCAUGUCCCCAACCUGCAUUGGAUCCUGGUGGAGGACUCUCAGCGGCGCACCCCUCUGGUCACUCGGAUGCUGCAGGACUCCGGCCUCAAUUACACCCACCUUAACGUGGAGACCCCACGUAAUUAUAAACUAAGAGGGGACACCAGGGACCCUAGAAUACCCCGCGGGACUAUGCAGAGAAACCUGGCCUUACGGUGGCUCAGAGAGACAUUUAACAAAAACAACAGCUUGCCUGGAGUGGUGUAUUUUGCAGAUGAUGACAACACUUACAGUCUGGACCUGUUCGAGGAGAUGAGAAACACCAGGAAAGUGUCGGUGUGGCCCGUGGCUUUUGUUGGAGGAUUGCGAUACGAGUCUCCCAAAGUGAACGCUGCGGGGAAAGUCUAUGGGUGGAAGACCGUUUUUGACCCACACAGACCGUUUGCAAUAGACAUGGCUGGCUUUGCCAUCAAUUUGCGGCUGAUACUGCAGCGACCGCAGGCAUAUUUCAAAUUAAGAGGAGUGAAAGGAGGUUACCAGGAAAGCAGUCUGCUGCGGGAGCUGGUGACCCUCAAUGACCUGGAACCAAAAGCUGACAAUUGCACUAAGAUUUUGGUAUGGCACACGCGGACAGAGAAACCAGUGUUGGUGAAUGAGGGGAAGAAAGGCUUCACAGACCCCAAUGUGGAAAUCUGACAACAAACUUACACCACAGAUGAGGUAAGAGAGAGAAGUUGGGAGUGUGUUCUCGAGCGCCGGUUUCCCCCUCCCCGCCCUGCAGCUCGCAAGGGGCUCCAUGUGUAAAUUUUCCAAGAAGCACAGCACAUGUGAUAAGAGGGAAGGAUGGAGAUGCAGAGAGCAAAAGACGUUUACUCCUCUUCCAGAGCAUCACCUUCCAAAACAUGCGGAUAACGGAAAUUCUGUCUGGAUGCUGAACGAUAAUCAUGGCGGCAAAGGUGCCAUCAACCAAUGACCACACAGCUUCACCUACUGAACAGAGCAGCAAGCACAGACCUAUUCCUCUGCUGCCACCUGCUGGUCAUUCUGUUGGCUGUCUGGAUAAAUUCAUCACUGCUCUUUACACAUAAGCAUGUUAUUCCAAAGCCCCAAAAAAAA